AUGGCUACCGUUCAUUACACUUCAACUAUACAAUCGUUUAUUCAUUCACGUUUUCCUUCCAACUUGACUUCCGAUGUUGUGCCAGCCAGCUCUAACGGAGCAAACAUUCUCUUCGCAUACAAAUGGACAUUGCUAUGCUUAGCUCUCUUGACACCAACGAUCUAUCGCGUCCUGCAUUUCUUUGUCGUCAAGGACCAGCCUCCAAAGGGUCUUCGGCUGGUUCCCGGUCCCGGAAGCACCAUUCCUUACAUUGGACGAGUUGACAUUGACGCCAUUGCGCCAUGGAACUCGAUGAAGAAUUGGUCCGACAAGUUCAAUGGCCUCUUCAGGCUCCAAGCUUGUGGUGAAAUGCACAUUUGGCUCGGUGACAAUGAUGUCGCGCAAGAGCUUUACUGCAAAAGAGCUGCAAUUUACUCUUCCCGUCCGGAGGUAGCAGCAGUUCCCGGCAGUGAUUCUCAAGGUCAAUAUCUCCCAUUACUUGAGUAUGGAGACCAUUGGCGUAUGCAACGAAAGUUUGCCCAUACGGUUUUGACCACGUCCUACAACAACGAAUACUACGGCUACAUCAAUCUUGAAGCGAAGCGCUUCCUCUUCCAACUGCUCAAAGACCCUCUCGAUCAUUUUGCCCAAACUGACAGAUAUUGCGGUCGGAUCUCCGCCAGACUAAGCUAUGGCUCGCCAAAGUCCGCAGCAGCUCAUUGCAAGAACGCCGCAGAGUUCAUUCCUCAGAUCUCCCCAUCUGCGAGUGGACCUAUCACAAACAUCUUUCCCUUCCUCGGCGCGCUUCCGGAGUGGAUCAACACGGCCAAGAUAGCCCCGAGGCAACGAAGAGAGCGUGAAGAACGACUAUGGACUGGGCUUAUGAGGCAAGUUCGAGAAGAGAUGGAGAAUGGAACAGCGACAGUCUCAUAUGCCCGUUCAUACUUUGAGAGGAGGGACGCAGCAGCAAAAGACGAUGGACGUUCCUUCGGAUUUGAUGAACACGAAGCAGCCUACGCAGUUGGCAUGCUCUGCACUGUCGCUAUAUUCACGAUCGGAGGUCCACUGUACUGCUUCUUCCUCGCCAUGGUUCUUCAUCCGGAAUGGCAAGAGAAGUGUCGAGCGGAGAUUGAUGCAGUUGUUGGACGAGACCGUAUUGUCGAGCUCAGCGACUCUCCGAACCUUCCCCUGCUUCGAGCAUGCAUCAAAGAGUGUAUCCGCUGGCGUCCACCAGUUCCGCUUGGUGUCCCUCGCCUUGUCCAGGAAGAUGAUACGUAUGAGGGAUACUUUAUUCCGAAAGGCGCUGUCGUUCAUGCCAUCGACUUAGCUAUGGCACGAGAUCCCGCCAAAUAUCCCGACGCUGAGACUUACAACCCGGGCCGUUGGGUCGAACCGGGGUAUCCGACCUAUAAGGAACCGCUCAGCGUGUAUCCACGAUUGGUGGGCCAUCACGGGUUCGGACGUGGACGUCGCAUGUGUCCCGGCAUUGAGAUCACCGAAGCAGAGCUGUUAGUGGCGUGUGGCUCUCUCUUAUGGGCUUUCACCAUGAAGCCUAACAUUGGACAGGAUGGGAAGCCACAGUGGCCAGAUUCAAAGGCAUUCACCAGCAAUGUCAUUGGUGGGCCUUUGCCUUUCAAGUUUGAUUUGAAGGUGAGGGACGAAUCUCGAAAGACAAAGAUCGAAGAGUUGUAUCAGCAAAGUCAGGUGUUACAGGACGACCUUGUACGCGACCCUCUACAAGCCAAGGACGGAAGGUAG